AUGCGACGCAGUGACGACCGGCAACCAGGCGACGGCGAAGUUGACUCCAAGCUCCUGCGAAGCAACAGCGCCAACGUUAACGCCGCCGAUGCCGAGGACGAGGAAAGAGUGGGGGCUCUAAGCAAGAUCAGGAACUAUCUUGCAAGGAACGACUUCGAUAUGUCCAAGCUGUCCAAGAUGAUGGAUAGCGACGCGUAUAAGAUGAACCUCGACAACCCCCCCCAGUUCAAGAAGCUGUUGCUGGACUACCUGAACAACUACCAGCGCAAAGCGACCAAAGUGAAGAAAGUGAAGCCUGCAAUCCGGGUGCGUCCUGACGUAAAGCGCGUGACCUUCAGCGAUGCCGUGAGUGUUCAAAGGUUUAAUCCUUAG